AUGCUGUUGUUCAGAUGCAUCUGUCUAGCCACACACACACAAUUAUACGCUUCUGCAUUAUCGUCCAUCUUAGAAGCUCACUCCACGGUGAAAAUAGUCAUUACUGGCGCGACCGGCUACAUCGGACACGAAGUACUGGACCAAUGCCUUCGUGAACCUAGAAUUACGUCCAUAAUCGCCAUAGGUCGCCGCAGCCCACAUUUGAACCACCCAAAGCUUGCAGUCAUCAUCCAGGAGGACUUUUCCCAGUAUCCUGCUUCGGUUAUCUCUCAGAUUCAGGAUGCCAAUGCUUGCAUCUAUUGCCUAGGGACUAACAUACCAGUCAAGCCCGCAGAACUCAAUCGGAAGAUCAAUUUUGAGUACGCUACGUCUACUGCGAAGAUGUUUGCUUCGAUACCUCACACAGUGGGGUCGACUUUCCGGUUCAUCUAUCUCAGUGGUGCCCUGCCAGAGAAGAAUCCGGAAAAACAUCUUUGGUUUCUUGCAGAUAAUCGGAAAAUGAGAGGGGAGUUGGAAAACCAACUUCUACGGCUUCACGAAGACCAUAGAGCAUCUGGAUUUUCGAUUUCGAUUGCACGACCUGGUUUUGUGCAACCCAAGGGUGCCAAUAUACGAGGUUGGCUAAUCAGCAUCGUGGCCAACGCAAUCAUGCUUGACGAUAUAGGCUCCGCUAUGGUGCACCUAGCAAUCCAAACGCAUCAAGAUGUGAUUGUGGAAAAUGAGAGUUUGAAGACGCUUGCCAAGAAAUAUCAGCUAGAUCAUAAUUAG